UCUCUUUGAAGAGCGCAGCCGAGAGCCAUUUUGUUUUUCAGGACUCUGCAAGGGUACAAGACGCCGAAUUGCUAGAGGCCAGCAGCUGUAGUUGCAGCCAUUUUAUGUUCAACCUCAGGAUGUUUCCCUUGGCCAAAAACGCACUAAGUCGUCUGAGAGUUCAAAGCAUUCAGCAAGCAGUGGCAAGGCAGAUCCAUCAAAAGCGGGCACCUGAUUUCCAUGACAAAUAUGGUAAUGCUGUAUUAGCUAGUGGAGCCACUUUCUGUGUUGCUGUAUGGGUAUAUAUGGCAACACAAAUUGGAAUAGAGUGGAACCCAUCGCCUGUUGGCAGAGUCACCCCAAAGGAAUGGAGAGAACAGUAAUCAUCCCAGCUGAUUUAAUACUGAAUUGUUUCAAAAUCAACUCAUAAUUAAUUCCAAGUAAAAGUACUAUGUACCCAUUAAAAUAUAGCAUGUUUGAAGAAAUAAAGUACUUGAAACCUUCA